GUCUAGGAAUUUGAUUAUCAAUUUUCCCUUUUGCUGGGCUAUAUAUUUAGCUACUUGGCUGCAAAACAAUCAGUUCGGUUUUGCAUCAGCGUUUCAUAAAGAGUAACAAAAUGAAAUCCCAAAUUUUUCUUUUGUCCUUUGCAGUGAUCCUGUUUAGUUCUCUCUGCUUGGGGUACACCGACGAAGAACGUCAGGCUGACAGCCGAAGAGUUAACGAAAUUAUACGAACCUCUCUGGACGACGAUUCCAAAAUCAUUGCAAUCCAGGAGUUACUUGGCAUAUAUGCACGAUUAGCCCCUAGCUUGACGCCUGAACAAAGGGAGUCAGUCGAUAAGUUAAUCAAUGAGACUUCCGAUGAAAUACUAGUCGAUGGAGUUCCGCCUCAAGGUGGUCGGAAGACCAAGUUCGCUGGGAGGGUUGCUAAGCACGUUGCUAAGAAAGUUUCAGCUGGAUUCUUUGAAGAGCUCGGUAGUCAACUGGCUUAUUUUUUUCAAUGGUUCGGAUAAUCGAGUAACCAAACCCAAAUACUAUACAUACAGGUUCAUUUUUAAAAAGUUUUAUGUGAUCCAUAACCGUACAGAUGUAAUUUAAAAAAUGUAAUAAUUGUGUAUAAAUGUUUAACCUGUAAAAUCAAAUAAAAUAUUUAAGGAACACUGUUCA